AUAUUAAUCUUGCCUCGCCCUUUCUCUUCCUCUUACCAUUCUUCUUCAAGCACUCCCCUUCGUGAUACACACAUAACGUGCGCAUUUCCCAGCAACCGCUAACAUGUGUGGCAUCUUCGCCUGUCAUCGUCAUCCUGACGUGGAAAAAUUCAAGCCCACGGCCCUGAAGCUCGCAAAGCAAAUCCGUCACCGUGGCCCCGACUGGAGUGGAAGCGUGAUCGCCAACCAUACUAUUCUCUGCCAUGAGCGUCUCAGCAUUGUCGGUGUUGAGUCUGGAGCCCAGCCCCUGACCAACGCCGACGACAGCAUCAUCCUCGCUGUCAACGGUGAGAUCUACAACCAUCGUCACAUUCGAAAGAACCUCAAGGAGCAAUACCACUUCAAGACCACAUCUGAUUGCGAAGUUAUCAUUCCCCUGUACACCGAGUUUGAUACCGAUUGCCCCAACCACCUCGAUGGCAUGUUCUCUUUUGUCCUCUACGACAAGAAGCAAGAUCGCACAAUUGCGGCCCGCGACCCUAUUGGUAUCACCACCUUCUACCAAGGCUGGUCCUCCAAGGAACCCGGAACCGUUUACUUCGCCUCCGAGCUGAAGUGCUUGCAUAGCGUUUGUGAUAAGAUAGUUGCUUUCCCCCCCGGUCACGUUUACGACUCCAAGACUGGCGAGACGACUCGCUACUUUAAGCCUUCUUGGUGGGACCCUAAGAAGGUUCCCAGCAACCCCGUUGAUUACAAGGUUCUCCGACAUGCUCUUGAGAAAGCUGUUCGAAAGCGACUCAUGGCUGAAGUCCCCUUCGGAGUUCUCCUUUCUGGUGGCCUUGACUCGAGUCUGACAGCAUCCAUCGCUCAGCGUGAGGUGACCAGACUUCGAAAACAGGCUCUUGAGGCUAACGGCAACGUUCUCCCUGUUGAAAACCCUGACACUGGUGAGGGUCUCGUCGGCGUUGACGAUGAUGAUCACCUCGAUACUCUGACAUACCUCCCUCAGCUCAACUCCUUCUCCAUCGGACUGCCUGGUUCUCCGGACAACAAGGCCGCACUUGAGGUCGCCAAGUUCCUUGGUACCAAGCACCACGUCAUGACCUUCACCAUCGAGGAUGGUCUCAACGCUCUUUCAGAUGUUAUCUUUCACCUUGAGACCUACGAUGUCACUACUAUCCGAGCCUCCACCCCCAUGUAUCUCUUGUCACGAAAGAUCAAGGCUAUGGGUAUCAAGAUGGUUCUGAGUGGAGAGGGAAGUGACGAGAUCUUCGGUGGCUACCUGUAUUUCCACGCUGCCCCUGAUAAGGAGGCUUUCCACGAGGAGACAGUUCGCCGUGUCAAGAACCUGCACUUGGCUGAUUGCCUGCGAGCUAACAAGUCCACCUCUGCUUGGGGCCUUGAAGCUCGUGUUCCCUUCCUCGAUAAGGAGUUCCUUGAAACAUCGAUGAACAUCGAUCCUCAAGAGAAGAUGAUCACCAAGGACAGGCUUGAGAAGUACAUCAUUCGCAAGGCUUUCGACACCUCGGACGAGCCUGACGAACAGCCCUAUCUCCCCGAUAACAUCCUCUGGCGACAGAAGGAACAGUUCUCCGAUGGUGUCGGCUACGGUUGGAUCGACGCACUCAAGGACAACGCCGAGAAGCAGGUGACAGACGAGAUGAUGAAGAACCCCAAGCCUGAGUGGGGUAACGAUAUUCCAGAUACCAAGGAGGCUUACUGGUAUCGAUGCAUGUUUGAUGAGCACUUCCCCCCUCACUGCGCGUCGACCGUCAUGCGCUGGACCCCCACUUGGUCCAAGCAGACUGACCCCAGUGGCCGAGCCAUUUCCACUCACAACGCCAAAUAUGAUAACGCGGCUUAAUGAUAUAGCGAAUCGAGCAAACAUCAAGCACAGCAAGCUUACUUGCCUCAUUGUAACUUACACUACCCUAUCAGAGGUGUCUGGCCCAAACGAAUAUGAAGUGUAUGUCUGGGUGUCGUUCUCCUGGAAGAAGAGAAAAGGCGUCUUGGAUCUUGCUUACCAACUAACCGUGGAAUGAUGAUGGGAAAAGGUACGGAAAGAUAGGGACUUGGGAAAGAAAAAUAAAGACAAAAGUUCUAGAAACAAAGGAUCGCAUCAUUUGCGUAGUCGAAGCGUCGGUGAAUGGUCGGUGAAUGGUCGGUUUCACAGCAGUUUGAAAUUGGCAGUAGG